AUGUUCUGGAAAAUAUCAUCAUUUAGUGGGGAAAAGAUUGACUAUUCUAAAUAUGCUUUGGGGGAUAUUAGAUAUACUGCUGAAAGAAAACUCAAUUCACAUCCUUCUCUCUGGCUUCACAGUACAAAAUAUACUUCAAAAAUAAUUGGAGGUGUUACUGGAUGGUGCACUGGUUUCAUAUUCCAGAAAGUUGAAAAAUUGGCUGCAACAGCUGUAGGAGGUGGAUUCUUUCUACUUCAGCUGGCAAACCAUACUGGGUAUAUCAAAGUUGACUGGCAACGAGUAGAGAAAGACAUGAAAAAAGCCAAAGAGCAGUUGAAGAUUCAUAAGAAUAACCAAAUACCAACUGAGGUCAAGAGCAAAGCUGAGGAGGUUGUGUCAUUUGUAAAGAAGAAUGUUCUAGUAACUGGAGGAUUUUUUGGAGGCUUUUUGCUUGGCAUGGCAUCAUAAGAAAUACAACUUUACUCUAUUGUUUUUUAUUUCUUCUUUUUUCUUGCCAGCACCUUCUGCACU